AUGAGUGUGAGAGUAAAACUUGAUAAUAAAGAAAGAGGUUAUUAUGCCUCAUUGUAUUAAGCAGUUGAUGCAACAAACACAGGCUAGAUUGGAGGAGCUUAAGCAGUCUCAUUUUUCAAAAGAUCAGGAUUAUCUAUAGAAAUUCUCAAAAAGAUUUGGUUAAUUAGUUCACCCAAUAAUUAAACUUUGAAUAAGGAAGAAUUCUAUGUAGCUCUCAAGCUCAUCAGUUAUGCACAAAACAAUAUUGAUGUUUCCAACGAUUCCAUUUAAAGAUGCAUUCCAAGUCCAUUACCAUAAUUCUAAUCUGAUACAGAAGAAGUUUAUAAACUCAGACCAGAAUAAGAGAGGUUAUAUCAGAAUUAUAUAUAAUAAUUAGAUCAUUCCAACUCCACAGUCUCAACUUAAAUGGCAAUGAAUUUAUUCAAAAAAACUAAUCUCACUUAAUUUCAAUUAUAGAAUAUCAUCAAUCUAGUUGAUCCGAACCUAUAAACUAAACCAAGAAUGACUACUCAUUCCUAUAUUGUUAUCACACAUCUAAUAUCAUUAGCAUCUUAAAAUGUGCCAAUACCAUAAAAAUUGCCAAAUUCCCUAUAAGAAUACUUAAACUAACAGUUAUUAGUAUCUUAAAAUCUUAAUAUUAAUAAUCCCCCUAUCAACCCACAACCCUCUGUUGUCCCUAAAUCUAAUGACUUAAUGGAUUUCGAAGCAAAUUUUGAUACAUCUAAAUCUCCUAUUGAUAAAUAUAGCGCUUUCAAUUACAUAGAAAUGCCCAAUCCGAUUAUUGAAACAACAGUAUAAAAAUAGUAAUAACCUUAAUUAACUACAUCUUAAUCAUUCAAAAUUCCAGCAGCAUAAACUUAAUAACCAGUUCUAAAACAACAAAAAUCAAUUGAUCUAAUUAUGAAUGAUGUCGAUUCUCAACCACAAUUAUAAUAAAUAACUUAGCCAAUUGUCCCACAAUAGCAAGUAGCGUCUUUGUAAAGUACAACAAUAUCAUAGCAAGUUUCUCAAUAGCCUAAAAAAACAAUAGAUUUUCAAAAGUAAGUCUUGCUUCAAGAAUAAAUGUAAAUACAGCAGCAAUAGUUAGAAUAAAAUUUUAAGGAAGCCAAUGAUUUGCUUAAUGAGUUUAAGGAAUCUCAUGAAAAGAUUCUGAUCUCAAGUUAAAGUUAAUUAGAAUCAUUAUAGACAACUAAUGAACAAUAUAAAACUUUAUUAAAAAAGAUUUCUGACGAAAAUUAUUUGUUUUAAGAAGAACUUAAAUAAAUUGAAUAAUAGAAGAAGAAACUCACAGAAUCUUUAAGUAAAUAAGCCAUAGAAAUCAACUAAAAAUUAGGAUUGAACAUUUAAUUAAAACAAGAAUACUCAAAAUAGACUACAAGUACAAUCAAUGCAGUUACAGAUUAUGCCAAUUAAAUAAUUGGAGAUUUAAGAUCUAAUUAUGAGAUUGAAUAAGAAAGAAAAAGGAGAUAAGAAUAAGAAAUUAUUAAAGAAAUGAAAUAAUAAAAAGAUCAGAUGAGUUUAAUAUUUGAAGCAUUAGGUUCUUUAUCUAAAGAUAUAAAAUCAUAAAGAAAGAAUUCUACACCUUAUUAGCCUAUAGACACUCAUGAAACGCAAAAUACCUUUGUACCUUUCUAAUAGGUUGCAUAAUCAUAAUAAAUUAAAACUAAUUAAAUACCAUAGGAUCAAUAAGAAUUUAGAGAAGUAAUGGAUAUCAAAUUUGAUAAUAUUGAAUUUCCAAAAUUGAAGUUAUAAGAAUAAUAAUAAGAAUAAAUAAAAUAAGUUGAUUUAGAUAAUAAAGAAUAAUUUGAUGUAUUUUCUUUAUAUAAAGAUAAUUAACAUAAAGAUUUAUCUAAUUAGGUAGUCUAACUAGAAUAAAAUGAAUAGAAACAAUAAGUAGAAUAAUUUGAAUAACAGUAAAUUAAAUCAUAAGAAGUUGAGGACUUUGUAUUUACUGAAAGUUAAUAACCUCCUUAAGUUAAAUUAGAAGAUAAGAUUGAAUUUGAAAAUAACAUGAUUGGGUUUGAUAACGAUGUUGGAUUUAUUAAUAAAAAUAAUGAAGAUCAACUUGAGAUUAAUUAAUAGUAAGAACAAUAAAUAAAUGUUCAAUUUGAUUAAUCUAAGUAAUUUGAGGAAUAAGAGGAAAUAGAACAUAAAGUAUUUGAUCUUAAAUUUGAAGAUGGAUUCGGUGCUCAUUUUGAUAAUAGAAAUUCUAUUGAAUAAAAUCCGUCUAUUAAUUUUGAUUAAAACUUUGUAUUUGAAUAGGGUACAAAACAAGUAGAUGAAGUUUAAAUCGAUUUUGAUGCCAAUAAGGAGUUUGGAGGAAAUGAUUGGACAGGAUUUGCUGACAAUUUUGCUAAAGGAUCUCCACAAUAAAAGGAUGAUUUUUAAUCAUUUAAAUGGUGA